AUGGUAUUUUUCUUCGGCCGCAAAAAAGCACCGCCAGAAGGGGCUGAAUACAUCCCCCCAAGUCUUGCUUCGCUAUGGUGGAACUACCGCGCUUCCACAGAAACUUUUCAAUGGUGGCUCCCUUACAUUCGGAUCCCCGCGCAAAUGACCUACGAAGGAAUCCUCAAAUUCGUCGGGUUUAGUAUAGGCUUCACAUGCGUUUGGAUGUACAUUGUUGGAAUAAUAGCAUUGGCUGUCAUUCUAUAUAAUGGUGAAGUCAGUUUUCUAAGGUUACAAUUGGUUGGACUUAUCACGAUGUAUAUCUCUGUUAGUGCGGGAACAACGAUUGGUGCGACGGAUGGAGAGUUUCUUUGGAUUGUCAAAUGGUCGCUUUUGAAUAACCAUUCCUUCACGUUGGAAGAGAUUCAAAAGAUACUUGAUGGUGAUAGCGGGUUUCAGUCUAUCAAAAACCUUGUGAUGGGGCCGAAUAGGGCGAGGCUUCUUUCGCUAUAUCUUCUCCUCACGCGGACUGGGUCUCGAGUUGGCCUUGCUUUUCUAGCAUCCUCGUAUGAGGUACUGGGCUUUGCCGAGGAUACCAGAUUAUACACUUCUAGAAUUAACUGGGGCUAUGUUGUUGGAGGGCUGCUGCUGCUCGUCGUCAUCCAAUCCUUAAUUACUAUAAUCUCGAUCAUUUUUAUCCGACGCGGUAGCACUAUCCCUCCAAACACCGCCCUUGGACUGUCCCUAGCCCUGCGGCCAUGCCUCAAACCCUUACGCGACUCCGGGGGAACCGUCGACACAUCAUCGAUCCUGAAAGCCUUAAAGGGUGACAGUCCAAAAUACUCCUUGCAAAUUGUUAACAUCCAAGGAGCAUCGGUGGCUCAAUUUACAUUAGCCUCUGGAGAACAUGAGCCGGCCGUAACCAGUCACCAGCAAAAGCAGCUUGAACAGGAGACGAAGCUAUUCUUUACUUCCACAAACUUCUUCACCAGUCCUCUAUUACCUUUCCUAUUUUCUCUCAUCACUGCGUAUUUAAUCUACAUUCUCUUGGUGUCUCAAUAUAUCAGGACCGAUUUUCCCAUCAAAUUGGAAUUCGGCAAUAUCGGAAACAAACUCCUUCUCUCUAUCCUCCUCCAGAUAUACGGUUUAUUCCUCGGAGCAUUCGCAGAAACCAUCCUUCAUAUCGUCCGCUGGAGUUGCAUAUCUAGCAACAGGACAAACCUCACAUUUGUUGAAUCCCUUCUCGUCGCAAAUAACUGGUGGAACCUUUCUAGUUUUCGAUUUUUCUCACCUGGGGGAUUGAGGGGGAGAAUAACCAAGUGGAUCAGUGCUUUCCAAACGAGGGCCACAGUCACUGCCGUUGGAUGGGCUAUCUUGAUGGCGUAUUACGGACAACUUGCCUUGCUGCCAAACAAUUAUUGGAUAGCUGCAGUUUGUGCACUUGCGGCAUCCUUUGGCAUGGUAGCAGCGAUGUGGGUUAUAUGUGCCGGAACGCUUGCUCAUAAGAAGUUAAUACCGGAAGCACAUUCGCUACCAAAGGCCCACGCUUUCAGAAAGCUUGCAGCACAACUAGAGAUGACUGGAUCUGUGGAUCAAGAGGUUCAAUAUGGAAGGGUCGAAACAUCUACGAGAGGGUGGGCUACUGCUGUCUCAGGUGGUGCUGAACCAUUUCUAGCGGGAACAUAUCUCUAA